AUGAUUGGUGAGAUAGCUUUUUGGGAUGAUAUUGGCCCCACUACAGAGGUGCAAGAGUUGAGGAAGAACAUUUGCAAUGGACAAUGUGAAUGCCAGAGAGAGGCUUUGCUCAACCCAGUGGUGCACAGCAUGAUAAUGGCCGCGUAUUUGCGUGUUCCGAUGCUCAAUUUCUUACAACCGUCCACAGCUACGAGAACUAGAUGCAGAAAUCAGAGAACUAGUGGCUCCGUUAGGGCCUCCACUAACAGAGCCAAAAUUCCAAUGACCCCUCUCAACCCUAAAGACCCAUUUCUCUCGAAGCUCGCCUCCGUCGCCGCCUCUUCCCCCGAAAUGCUCCUCAACCCUACCCGGAAUUCCGACACCCCUCCUUUUCUCGACAUCUUCGAUUACCCCAAACUCAUGGCUACUCCCGCUCAAGUUGAAAGGUCUGUUUCAUACAAUGAACAUCGGCCCAGAAGGCCACCGCCGGACCUGCCUUCACUGCUUCUCAAUGGUAGAAUUAUUUACAUUGGCAUGCCAUUGGUGCCGGCUGUCACAGAGCUUAUUGUUGCGGAAUUGAUGUACUUGCAGUACAUGGAUCCCAAAGAGCCAAUCUAUAUUUACAUAAAUUCCACGGGGACUACGAGAGAUGAUGGUGAAACGGUAGGCAUGGAGACAGAAGGUUUUGCCAUUUAUGAUGCAAUGAUGCAGUUAAAGAAUGAGAUACACACAGUGGCUGUUGGAGCUGCCAUAGGUCAAUCCUGUUUGCUACUUUCCGCAGGGACUCCGGGUAAACGCUUUAUGAUGCCAAAUGCUAAAGCUAUGAUUCAGCAGCCUCGUGUUCCAUCCUCUGGGUUGAUGCCUGCGAGUGAUGUUCUUAUUCGUGCAAAGGAGGUGAUAAUUAACAGAGACAAUCUGGUUAAACUACUGGCCAAACACACGGGAAAUUCAGAGGAAACAGUUGCUAAGGUGAUGAAGAGGCCAUUUUAUAUGGAUGCAACAAAGGCUAAGGAAUUUGGGGUCAUUGACAGAGUUCUUUGGCGUGGCCAGGAAAAGAUUAUGGCAGAUGUUGCUACUCCAGAGGACUGGGACAAGGGUGCUGGUAUUAAAGUUGUUGAUGAAUUCUAG